AUGCUCAAGCUCAACGCCGGCACUAUCCCCUCAGCGCCAUACCCUACCUAGAGUCCCCCGUUCCGGCCUGUGGACUGCCCUCACCUCCUUCUCCCAUCGUUAUAUGCAAACAUGAAGGGAACAAUGAUUGCAUCGGCUCCCCGGGUGCCUCAGUCUUCACCCUUCACCUCCUCCGUCGAGGCCCCAUUGGCCUCCCUCGUGACCGGCCUACACCUCUCCAGUGGUCUGAAGUUUUCCCGGCAGUAUGAGGGCACAGUGAUUGUCCCAAAGGACCCGGUAGCUCGAUUUCACAGCCUCUCGUGCUUGGCAGCUUGCCUUCUUCUCUCAGCCCUGGCGAUAUCCUGCCUUCUGGUUGCUCUUCAGGACUACCGGCGUCACGCCAUCAUGUAUGUCUCACUUUUUCCUUCCCGGGGUUAUAACUGCUCUCCCCUAAAGCCUUGUCUCCCUUCGCACAUUGGCUGAUGAGAGGGGAUCGUUCCGUGUGCGAAAUUAUAGGCCUCCCGGACCCUCCCCUGUCCCUUUCGUGGGAAAUAAGUGGGACUUGCCUCUGCAGAAGCCCUGGUACAAGUUCAAGCAGUGGACCGAUAUGUAUGGCUCGUUAGUAACAGUAUGGACUGGGCGCCGCCCCACAAUUGUGAUUGGAGACCCAAAAGUGGCUUGCGACCUUCUGGAUCGCCGCUCAGGGAUUUACUCGUCCCGUCCUCGAUUCGUGGUCAUGGGUAAGCCCGCACUCUUUUUUUUUUUUUUCUCCCUCCCUCUCUCCCUCUCCAACACCACCUUUAUCUGUUGGGUGUGACGAGUAGCUAAUCGUGUCACGGGGGGCUUCCUUUCUCCUUCUCGUGCUCUUAGGUGAACUCUUCACGAACAAUGAUUCUCUACUCACAAUGCCCCACGGAGACAAAUGGCGAAAGACCCGGAAAAUCUUUCGUAUGGGGCUCCAUGGGCGCGCUUGUGAGAGCUACAAGCCGAUACAGGAGGCAGAGUCCCAGAGGCUUACUCGCGAUCUUUUGGUCACCCCCGAGAUAUUCGGUAAACACCUGGAAAGAUAUGCCUCUUCGGUUAUGAUUUGUGUUGCAUAUGGACGUAGGGUAGACAGUUUGGAGGACCCAAUUGUCAAGAAGAUUUACGACCGGAUGGCGUACAUGUCGACUCUCAAUGUGUAAGUUGUUCCGCUUACCCUGAUUGUUUCCCCUGCCCGCCUGGUCUUGUAUGGCGCAUUGUUACCCCUCCCCGCCGGGUGAGAGGGCCGUUAAAGCGAAAGGAAGAGGCUGAUAAAUUUUUGGUUUCAGACCUGGAGCAUUUUGGGCAGAGUCGUUUCCUAUCCUCAAGCUUAUCCCCGACUGUUUGGCCCCAUGGAAGCGAGAAGUUAAGCGUCGCGCGAAGGCCUCAACCGAGAUGCUUUCUAGGCUCGCACUCGAUGUUAGAGACCGAAUGAAGAAGGGGGAUGCUCCAGCAUCCUUUACGAAAACAUUGUGGGAGAAAAAGGAAGGAAACCCGGAAGCUCUUUCCGAGCGAGAGAUAGCAUAUGCGACCGGUUCAUUGUUUGGUGCAGGAAGUGAUACCUCAUCUGCAACUCUUAUGAGCUUCUUCCUAGCCAUGACUUGUUUCCCGAGGGUUGCUGCGGAAGCACAGGAAGAAUUGGAUCGGGUGGUCGGCAGGGAUCGAUCUCCCACUUGGUCUGACAAGCCAAAUCUCCCGUACUGUCAUGCGGUUAUAAAGGAGACUCUGAGGUGGAGGCCAGUCGCUGUUAUGGGAGGUACACCCCAUGCAAGCAUCAAAGACGAUCGAUACAACGGUCACUUCAUCCCAAAGGGCACAACCAUACUGGGCAACCUGUGGGCAAUCCAUCACAACGAAAAGUACUUUAAAGACUCUCACGACUUUAUUCCAGAAAGAUACCUUGGCUCGGGAAAAAUUGACGGGAUGGAACCAUAUCCACACCGUGAUGGACAUUCCGCUUUUGGCUGGGUGAGUUUUUCUAUUCCAUCCUUGCACCCCCCCCCCCCCCUCCUUUGAUUCUUAUUUUGCCUAUUCCUCUCCUUCUAUUUAUGUGCUUCUCCGCCCCAACCUUUCUUGGGCUCCCCGUCACUUGGGACUUGGUCAGCUGACAGAUCUUGGUUACCAGGGACGCCGCCUCUGCCCGGGUAAACAGCUUGCUGAGAAUUCCUUGUUCAUCACCAUCACUCGGGUACUUUGGGCCUUCAAUAUCUCCAAGGCGACCGAUAAGAGCGGUCAAGAGAUAACUCCAAACAUUUUCGCAUAUACAGACGGCUUUAAUUCGAAACCGCAGCCAUUUCAAUGCCUGAUCCAGCCCCGCACGCCUGGCAUCCGGCAAGUUAUUGAGCGCGAGGCAAGCCUUGGGGAGCAGUUUUUGGAUAAGUACAAGUGCAAUUGAGUUGGAAGAAGAGAAGAUGAACUUUGGCGAUUUCUUUUUCUCUUUUUUUUUUUUUUUUUUUUGGUCAUUCUGGCGCAGUCGGUUAAAGGACAACGGAGCACGAGGGUUUUCUUUCUUUCUUUCUGUUCGGAUUUUCCACUGCAAUCAUUUCCCCAUUUAAUUAUUCUUCUACUUUGUGGUAUGGCAUUUAAAGGAAUCGGCGCAAUGACUUUUUUU